CUCACUGUGUUUGAUCACAGCAGAUUGUUACUAAGCAGUCAACGCCUUCAACAGGCAGGAAAAAAGAAAGAGGGGCCUCCUGCAGACACCCCCCCUCUCCAGGAGUUUUUUUCUCUGAGUGUUUUCUCCUGAUGCUGAGCCGCACCGAUGAUGGAGCUGUCGUGUGAGUCCAUCAGAUAUCCAGGGAACAGAAGACCGGUCAGUUGCAAGUUUGUGGAGCUCCAUGUGCUGUAUGUGCCAGACGACCAGUGGAACGUGAAGCUCAAUAAAGUACCAGCUGAAGCCAUAGAGAGCUUCAUAUCUGCAGGCUUCAUCAGGGUUUAUCCAGAUGUCACCCUGAGAAGUCUGAGGAGCGAGCUGGGCGCUCUGCUUGGCACCGAGAGGAGCAUCAACAAAUUCUCCUUCCUGAAAUGUGUGGGCCGCAGUCUUGCACUGGUUAAAAGCAAACAGGAGAGGGAUCUGAAAGUGAAAACAUUUGCUCCACCGUAUGCCCCGCAGCCGGAGCUCUACCUGCUGCCCACCGUGGAGAGCAGCAGCAGCACUUGUUCCCUCAGCCCGGACACCAGCAGCAUCUCCCCGGACCCCCCCACCUAUCACCACCCUCCCAAGACAUGCAGCCUGCCAACCAGGACAAAGGAGGCUGUUAAAUUCCCCCUCAUCCCGCAGUGUUCCCAUCAGCCACCUCCCACCCUAAGCCUGGAAGAACAGGAGGAGGAGGAUGAAGAGGAAGAGGAAGAAGAGGAGGAGGAGGAGGAGGAGGAGGAAGAGGAGCAGAGCUACAGUUCUUCAGAGGGAGAUGGAGAACAUGACGAGGAGGCUCUGUCUUCCAACAAGCCUGAGUGUACAGAGCAGUGUUGUCCCAGCAAGGCUCAGAGUCAAAGGGCACCGCAGCCGGUGUCACUGAGUAAAGUUUCACAGCGACGUGAAGCUGAUUCAGCUCAGGCCAAGGAGCCGCCAGAAAAAGAAGAAACCUGCAGGAGGAAGAAACAGUACCAGAGAAAAGUGGCCAGAGAUUCAGGAGUGGCAGAGUCGCUGGAGGACGGAGAUUCAGGCUUCUCGUUCACAGACGGGUACGAUGUGACCAGCACGAUUCUGCAUCCUGCUGUGUCGUCUUGGCCCGUCCACUGCUCCUCUCCGCCUCCAGGCCUGCACAUGGCCUUGUUGACCCAUAAACCUGCUGCUCCCCCAGUCUUCCAGACAAACAGAGAGGAGCUGAUCGAGGAGAUCAAGCUGGUGAGGGAGGAGAGGAGGCAGCUGGAGUGGACGAGGCAGGAGCUGCUGAGAAAGGGCAAAGAUUUACUGGCCCAGAACAGACACAGGAGGAACCAAGCCCGGGACAGUUGGAAAAAGAAAUAUUUUGAAACCAAGAAGGCCACAGCGCCACUGGAGGACAGCCUGAGAAAGUUACGACAGGAGCUGGAGACAUUUUACAACAAACUCUUGCACCAGCUCCAAGCCAGAGAUAACAGAGGGAAGCCGAGACGACAAGGCAGGUCCUCCAUCAAGAAUGAGCUGAUCAUUCAGAUCAUGACAGAGAGUCACGAGAUUGACAACCUGAAGAGGAAUGUAGAAGAUGCCAAGAUGAAGCUGGUGACGGAGAUAAAGCUGAGGAAACAGGCUGCCACAGAGCUGAGGGCCCUGAAGGCCGAACUGGCCCAGAAGAAAAGUCAGUCGUCAUCUUGGCUUCGGAAAUACGACACGGGACAGACCACAAGUUCAAAACACCUCCAUCUGAUUCACUUCAUACAGGGAUGACACAUGCUGUCUGUGCUUCACUCUGCUGACACAGAUGGAUGUUGUUCAUUCGUUGUUCAUUCCAGGAGAGGGAUUUUUACAUGUUGAUUUUAUUUGUUCAUGCAGUUGUAUUUUCUAUUUGUUGACUGUUUCAUACCUGAGUUACAUCGUUCACUACAUUGUUAUUGUUGACUUAUCCUGUAAUUUAUCUCAGGUUAUUCAGCUUGUUGCUAAGGGAAAAUGUAUUUGUUUGGAACAUGUAGAACAUUUAGACCAACAAAGCAAUCAAGAGUUAAAAUCCUAUAUAAAAAGCAAUAAGAUUGAAAUAAGGAGUAAAAUAGCAAAUAAAGAACAAGAAAUAUAAGAGCUACAGUUCUGUGUCAGAGAUGAGAAAUUAUUUGAUUUAAUAAAAGACCGUGACAAACA